AUGGAGACCACCAGAGGAGCUGGAAAACUCCGUCCUGGCGUACCUGUAGGCCAUAACCAUCAUGUAACCUUGGGUAGCCAUCUCAGGCCUCCUGCUACUUCUGAUGGAUGCUGUAGUUUCUUACACUCAAGUGAUUGGCGUUGUGUAGUUUCUUACAUUCAAGUGAUUGGCGUGGUGGGUCACUCCAUCACGCUGCCCUGCACCUACUCAAGAGCCCCUGGAGUCACUACCAUGUGCUGGGGUCGAGGGGCAUGUCCCAUGUCCCGUUGCUCCGAUGAAGUGGUCUGGACUAAUGGAUCCCAUGUCACUGUUCGGAAGCACCCAUGUUAUAAGCUAAAGGGAAGCAUUUUAAGAGGGAACGUAUCUUUGACCAUAGAGAAUGUGGCCCAGACUGACCGUGGUCUCUACUGUUGCUGUGUUGAGCACAAGGGGUGGUUCAAUGAUAUGAAACGCACCCUGUCACUGGAGAUAAAGCCAGCUGGUCACCAGUGUUCCGAGGUCACUAGUGUUCCAAGGUCACCUAGGGUCUUUACCUCUACUUCUUCAAUGCCAGCACUCACGCAGAACCUCAAGCCAGAAACUACUUCAUCCUCUGCCCUGUAGACAGCAGGAACCCAGCCUACUGGGCCACUGGAAAGGAGCACAAGACAGCCCACCGAUUCACCAUUGUACUCCUGCCCCACCGAUGGGAAUGGCACUGUGACACAGUCUUCAGAUGGCCUUUGGUAUAGCAAUCAAACUCAUGUGUCGCUGGCACAGAAUCCAUGGACGACCACCAGUAAGGGACUGUACAUCGGCAUUUGCAUUACUGCUGCGGUAUUGUUCACCGUGCUGGCCAUCGUGAUUACCAAAAAAUAUGUCUGCGUAAGAAACAAGCUGGAACAACUAAAGGCUCUGGGCGUUGCAGAUACCCAACCUUGCCUGCAUCUACAUGAAUGUGCUUGUCAUCCUUUAGAGGUGGUCUGCUUUUCCUAA